AUGUCAUCCGCAGGACCUUAUAAUUAUUCCUACAUAUUUAAAUAUAUUAUUAUCGGAGAUAUGGGAGUUGGUAAAUCGUGUCUUUUGCACCAAUUUACAGAGAAGAAGUUUAUGGCUGAUUGUCCACAUACAAUUGGUGUCGAAUUUGGUACAAGAAUUAUUGAAGUUAGCGGGCAAAAAAUAAAACUUCAAAUUUGGGACACAGCAGGGCAAGAAAGAUUUCGUGCUGUUACGCGAUCUUAUUAUCGAGGGGCAGCUGGCGCUUUAAUGGUAUAUGAUAUAACACGACGAUCCACUUACAAUCAUCUGAGUAGUUGGCUAACUGACGCUAGGAAUCUAACAAAUCCUAAUACGGUGAUUUUCUUAAUAGGAAAUAAAAGUGAUUUAAAUGCGCAAAGAGAUGUUACUUACGAAGAAGCAAAGGCAUUUGCUGAUGAAAAUGGUCUUACAUUUCUUGAAUGCUCAGCUAAAACUGGUGAUAACGUUGAAGAUGCAUUUUUGGACACCGCAAGAAAAAUAUACCAAAAUAUUCUUGAUGGAAGCCUGGAUCUUAAUCAGGCAGAUACAGGUGUUCAACCGAAACAAAAUUUACCACGAACAGCGCAGUUAGGACGACAGGAUGGAAAACAGUGCAGUUGCUAA